CAUGCGCCAUUUGCUUUGAAAAAUGGUAGAUAAGAUGCGGUGUUGGCUUAUGUUGUUCUCAUAAAAAACUGUUUUAAGUAUCAAGAAAUGCAAUUACUUAACUUUUUUUUAUUAAAGGCAACUUGUAUCCAACCGCAUUUCGGCGGAACUGUAUUAAAUUGGGUCUUGUAGCCAGUAAAAACGCGCAGGUGCUAACAAACACACUGGGUGCCUCAAAUAGUCUCCAUCAGCAAAACUCUAUUGUUGGUAGUCUAAAAAGACUUGGUAAAUCGGCAAAAGCGUUCAGUAGAAUGAAAGAAAAAGACGAAGAAGGUAAAGAAAGCACUCAAUUAGUUGGUACUGAUGAACCUGCUAAAGAAAAUCAUUUAAAUGAAAAUAUAAAAGAUGUGGAAAUGGCAGAUGAAGAUCACUGUAGAGCAGAAGGUCUAAUUACAUUUGAAGUUCACAAUGUUAGUAAAAUCAAGGAAACUGUACUUAGUGAGCCUGUAAUAAUUCGAAAUUUACCUUGGAGAAUCAUGCUUAUGCCUCGAUACAGUGUAAAUCAAAGUAAUGAACGUUCAAAAAGUGCUGGUGUUUUUGUUCAAUGUGAUCCUGAUAGUGACGUUGCAUCAUGGUCUUGUCAAGCUCAUGCCAAGAUAACCCUAAAAUCACACAAAGGAGAGGAUGUAGUUAGAAAAAUAUCACAUUUAUUUUUUGCAAAAGAAAAUGAUUGGGGGUAUAGCACAUUUGUUCCAUGGAAUGAUCUGAUUGAUGUUCAUAAAGGUUACUGUAAAAAUGAUAUCAUUACCCUAGAAGCAUUUGUUCAAGCAGAAGCACCUCAUGGUGUUUUUUGGGAUUCAAAAAAGCUCACUGGCUAUGUUGGUUUGAAAAAUCAAGGUGCAACUUGCUACAUGAACUCACUCCUGCAGACUUUAUUUUUCACAAAUCAAUUACGAAAGGCUGUUUACCAAAUGCCUACCGAAAAUGAUGAUAUAAAUAAAAGUGUUGCACUUGCAUUACAAAGAGUUUUUUAUGAUCUCCAACACAGUGACAAACCUGUUGCUACCAAAAAGCUUACUAAGUCGUUUGGUUGGGAAACCUUAGAUAGUUUUAUGCAACAUGACGCUCAAGAGUUAUGUAGAGUGCUUCUUGAUAACAUGGAAAUGAAGAUGAAAUCUACAGUCGUUGAGGGCAUCAUACCUAAGCUUUUGGAGGGAAAAAUGAAUUCUUAUAUUCAAUGCUCUAAUGUCGACUACUAUUCUUCAAGGGAAGAGCCAUUUUAUGAUAUUCAACUUAAUAUUAAAGGAAAAACAGAUGUUAUUGAUUCAUUCACAGAAUAUAUAAAAGCAGAAAUGCUUGAUGGAGAUAAUAAAUAUGAUGCAGGCCAACAUGGAUUACAGGAUGCUAAAAAGGGUGUUAUAUUUCGACAUUUUCCACCUGUUUUACAUUUACACUUAUUGCGAUUUCAAUAUGAUCCUCAAACAGACACUAACUAUAAAAUUAAUGAUAGAUAUGCUUUUCCGGAAUCUUUAAAUCUUGAAAAAUUUCUUGAACCAGAGUUUCGAGCAAAUGCACCAGCUCCAAUAUACACAUUACAUGCUGUACUAGUGCAUAGUGGUGAUAAUCAUGGUGGUCAUUAUGUUGUCUAUAUUAAUCCCCGUGGUGAUGGAAAGUGGUUCAAAUUUGAUGAUGAUGUUGUUUCACAAGCAACAAAAAAAGAAGCCAUUGAAAAUAAUUUUGGUGGUUUUGAGGAUGAGGUGGUACUUCGCCAUUGUACAAAUGCUUAUAUGUUAUCUUACUUGAGAACAUCUGACUUAAAAACAAUUUUAACAGAUGUGGGUGAAGAUUGUAUCCCUGAUCAUUUAGCUAGCAAAUUUUCUGAAGAAAAGCGUCUUGAAGUUCAAAGGCGUAAAGAGAGAAGUGAAGCGCACCUAUACAUGGAUGUGCAUAUUAUAACAGAGGAUGCAUUUUACAAGUGGUCAGGAAAUGAUCUUUUUGACUUGGAUAACAAUAAAACAGUAAAUUUCAAAAUUCAAAAAAAAGAAAAACUAUGUGAUGCUACAAAAAUUAUAGCUGAGGCGUUUGGAUAUACAGCUUCACAAUGUCGAUUAUGGCCAAUCCAAAAACGAGCUAACAGUACAACUCGUCCUGCUAUGGUAGAACUUCGUAAUGAAGAUAAGCGUCGAUUUGAAACACCAGAUGACAUUGAAUUAUUUUAUGCUAAUGACCAGGAUCCAACAAUGUUGGCUUUUUUAGAAAUGCUUUCACCUGACAGUGAUUGCACAAGUCUUCCUGACUUUGACUCUUCCAAUGAAGUUAUUUUAUUUUUUAAAUAUUACAAUCCAAAAUACAAGACUAUGUCAUAUUGUGGUCACCAUUAUGUUAAUCUUCAGUCUACUCCGUCUUCUUUGUUUCCUAUGCUUUGUAAGCGUGCUGGUUUACCCCAAGGGACUAAACUUCUUUUCUAUGAGGAGUUAAAAGCAGGUCAAACAGAGUGUACGGAAACAGACAAAAAGUUUGAUGAGGUAGUUCAUGAUUUAAUGGAUGGUGAUAUUAUAUGCUUUCAAGCGGUUGAAAAAGAUUUGACAUGCUAUGAACUGCCAACACCUGUGGAAUAUUUCAAAGACCUGCUUCAUCAAGUUCAAAUAUUGUUCUGUGACAAAACUGUCCCUUCAGAUAACGGUUUUAUAGAAACUUUGAAUCUGAAAAUGAAUUAUACUCAAAUAGCCAAUGCUGCUGCUUCAACACUUGGAGUUGAUCCACUAAAAAUACAGUUUUUUAAACCUCAAAUUUAUAGAGACCAACCUGGUAACCCUGUAAAAUGCUCCUUUGACGGACAUUUAAAAGAUCUUGUGUGCAGUGGUGGUAGAAAGGGACCAAAAAAGAUUUAUUAUCAAGUAUUAACUAUGCCAAUCAAUGAACUUGAAAACAAAGUGCAGUUUAAAUGUACAUUUAUAAAUGCUGAUUUAAAAGGCGAGAAAGAGCUUGUGAUACUAGUAGACAAAAAUGGAUAUGUUCAUAAUCUAUUAACUGAGGCAGCUAAAGUUGUUGAAACUAUUGACACUACUGCUCUGCGUUUAGUUGAGAUAUCUGCUAGUAAGAUUCAAAGGAUAGUGCCAUCUACUACCUUACUAGAUUCUUUAGUUCAACAAAGUCAAAAGAAUUAUCGUAUUGAGGAAAUUCCUAGAGAAGAAUUGUCAGAUGACAAUCAUUCACUUUUAGUGCCGGUUAUGCAUUUUCAAAAGGAGGCAUACACAUCAUUUGGCACACCAUUUUACAUAAAAAUAUCUGAGGGAGAAACUCUUGGUUCUCUUCAAGAUCGUGUUCGAAAGAAAAUAAAUAUGCCUGAAAAAGAAUUUGACAAAAUGAAAUUCUCUCUUGUGAAGAUGGGCAAAGUUACAUAUUAUCCUGAAGAUCCAUCGACAAGCAUAUCGCUAUCGGAUUUUCAAAGUAAUAAUUCCAACCAGCAAAAUUGGCUUGGUCUAGAUCAUGUAAAUAAAGCACCAAAACGAACGCGGUAUGCUUAUACUGAAAAACCAAUUAAAAUUCUUAAUUAAUGAAUAAAGUAGUGUUCUUUGGGUGUUAUAAAAGUAAAGUCGAUAAUGCAGAUUGAUUUUGAGGUUAUAAAAUGUCGUAGUCACAACCUCACAUGUGAUAGAAAGAUGUUUGACAUUUUUGUUUUUAAAAAAAGUCAUUAUUGUAAAUGGUUAGUUAUUGAUGGUUCACGACUUCAUCAUAACAAAUGUGAAUUCUUUCGCAUCUCGUUUUUGUAUGGCUGCUUGUUUUAUAUUUGAGAAAGUACGUUUAGGAAGAAACAUUAAUCUCGCUAAAGUCUUAAUUUAUACAGAAUUUAUUUGGUAAAUAAAAAUAACUCUAGAAAAUAAGAACUAAUUGAUAUGUAAAUUAUUGCAUGUUGUGAAAUUGAUUUGCUUGCUUUCUUAAAGCUUUCAACAUCAUUAUUCGCAAUGUUUUCUUCGCUGUUUUUUUAACGAUCAAAAAAAGUUUAGCUAUUUUUAAUUUGUUCUAGUAUUGUUAUUGUUUUCUGUAUAUGUUUUUUGUAUAACAGAUAUUUAAUCGGUUGUUUGCUAUCAAUCAAAAAAAAUUAUAUGAUUGCCUCCUAAA